UGCCGAUUUAGGUAUUGUACCCGCCCAACAGGUAGCCAAAAGCACACACCACACCCCUACUUUGUUGACGUGGCGCAAUCUAAUUGCUCCCCUCUUCUCCAUCUCCGCGUCACUACUCACUAGUUAGAGUUUCAAUUCCAACACUCUUCUCCCUUAUUCACACCCAUCUAAACAUAACCCCUACUUUAAUAAACCACUCACGCUUUACUUAUUCUCUUAUCGCCGAUCCACUUUGGGUUUAGUCUUAAUCGGAGAACAUGGCGCCGCCGGCAGCCGUCGUCGCCGCAGGCGGUGCUGCUGCUACUGCCGCAGGAGGAGAAGCUAGGCCACAAGAACAACAAGGAUUCGGUAAAUCUAUUCAGGGAAUUAUACGUAUUGCUAUUUUCUGGUACUUCGCUUCCAAGUUUUUCUCGCCCAAAACGCCGCCGCCUACUGGUUUUGAACCGGCGGUCCAGAUCUCUAAUCUCUUCCCCAAAGCCGAGCCUCUGGAUAUGUGGUUUUAUCUCUCUGAAAAUGAAACAUUUAAGGACUUUGCCAGUGAAGGUGCACUUGUUUGGCACGAGACAAAUAUACCUUAUGCAGUUUGGGGACCAGAGAGUACCAGAUCUCUGUCUUUAAAGUACUAUCCUUCUGAGGCUUUGAAGCACAAUGGUAGCCUUUAUGCUCAUAUCUUUUUUGCACGAUCUGGUUAUCCUGCGGAUCCCAUGGACCCAGAGUACCAACCCCUUACUGCCUUUGGAAGGACAUACCCUGUUGUGACAUACUUGCCAAAGUCUAAAGCAGAUAAAAAGAGAAGCCUGUUGGCAGAUUCUGAAGACAAGGGUGAACUUGCAACUGAGGUAGUUGAAGACGCUCAAGCUGAUCAAAAGGAUGAUGGCCCUGUGGAAUGGAUUUCUUACUGGAAGCCGAAUAUUACCAUCAAUCUGGUUGAUGAUUUCACCAAGUACACCUACAAAGCCGUCCCACCAAAUAUUGCCCCUUAUUUGAAUGUUGAACCUGGUGCAGGGGGUUACUAUCCAACAAUAUUUUUUAAUGAGUUUUGGUUACUUAAAGAUAAGUUAAUACCAAUCAAUGAGACGGUGACAGAAUUACCAUUUCAUCUUGAAGUGGGUCCCAUAAGCAUGACCAAGUGGCAAUUGUUUCUGCAGAUCGACCAGUCAUUUCAAAUUCACCGUAGUUAUGGAAGUAUGCUUGAAGGCGAGGCUGAUGAACUGAAGAGGGUGUUCUUGGAGGGUAAUCCUUACCUUCUGAUGAUUACAAUGGUUGUGUCAUUACUCCACUCGGUGUUUGACUUUUUGGCAUUUAAAAAUGAUAUCCAAUUCUGGAACAAAAACAAAUCCAUGGAAGGACUCUCAGCGAAGUCAGUUGUUGUAAGCUUCUUCUCUCAGUUAAUUGUCUUCCUCUAUCUGCUGGACAACGACACUUCAUGGAUGAUACUUGCAAGUUCUGGAGUUGGGUGCUGCAUUGAGUUCUGGAAAAUAGGGAAGGCAAUGCACAUUGAGGUUGAUAGAUCUGGAAGCAUUCCUCGGUUGAGGUUCCGAGAUCGUGAUUCAUAUUCUGGCAACAAGACCAAGGAGUACGAUGAUCUUGCUAUGAAGUAUCUAUCAUACGUGCUCUUCUUACUUGUUGCAUGCUCUUCGGCUUAUUCACUUAAGUAUGAACGUCACAAGAGUUGGUACUCUUGGAUUCUGUCAUCACUCACAAGCUGCGUGUACAUGUUUGGAUUUAUUAUGAUGUGCCCUCAAUUGUUCAUCAACUAUAAGCUGCAAUCUGUUGCCCAUCUACCUUGGAGACAGAUGACAUACAAGUUUCUAAAUACAAUCAUUGAUGAUCUUUUUGCCUUCGUCAUAAAAAUGCCACUAUUACAUCGCCUUUCUGUUUUCCGUGAUGAUGUCAUAUUUCUGAUAUAUCUCUAUCAGAGAUGGGUUUAUCCAGUGGACCGGAAACGAGUAAAUGAGUUUGGUUUCGCCGGUGAGGAUGUAGAUCAGGCCUCUGGGAGCACUGAUCUCACAACAGUGAAUGAAGAGGAGAAAAAGACCAAGUGAGCUGGUUAUCAAGCAAGCUAAAAUAUUCGCAACAGCCUUGUAACAGUUGGUUAUUUUGUGUAUGUUGGACUUUUUUAGUUUAAUUUUACAGGUCAAAAUAUAGCUUGUUAACAGUGUAGUACAUUCUUUUUUGAAUGAUAAAUAAUGUUUUUCCGACCGUUAGGGCCACGAGUUUGAAUUUUUAAGAUGCUGAAAACAAUCAUCUGUAAAUUCUCAGGGCUCAUUUUAGCUAUCUAUGUAUUUAACUUUUUUUGCAA